AUGUCUGUGAUCCUAGUCUCUGCAGGAUACGACCACACGAUCCGGUUCUGGGAGGCGUUGACCGGGGUGUGCUCACGCACGAUACAGCACAGCGACUCGCAGGUGAACAGACUCGAAAUCACGUCGGAUAAAAAGUACCUCGCAGCAGCAGGAAACCCGAAGAUCAACCUGUACGACAUCCGGUCGACGAACCCGAGCGCGGUGCAGACGUUCGAGGGACACACAAACAACGUGACGUCGAUCGCAUUCCAGAUAGACAACAGAUGGAUGUGCUCGUCCAGCGAGGACGGCACGAUCAAGGUGUGGGACAUCCGCAGCCCGUCGAUCCAGCGAAACUACAAGCACAACUGCCCCGUGAACGAGGUGCUGAUCCACCCGAACCAGGGCGAGUUGAUUUCGUGCGACCAGAACGGCACGGUGAAGAUCUGGGACUUGGGCGAGAACAAGUGCACCCACCAACUCAUACCGGAGGACGACGUGUCGAUCCAGUCGAUCAGCUGUGCGUCGGACGGGUCGAUGCUGAUCGCCGGCAACAACAAGGGCAACUGCUACGUGUGGGAGAUGCAGAACUCGAUCGAGAAAACGCUCCUCAAGCCCUUCCACAAGUUCAAGUCGCACUCCAAAUACAUCACACGCGUGCUGUUGUCCAGCGACUGCAAGCACGUCGCCACCUGCUCCGCAGACCACACCACCAGGAUAUGGUCCACCGACGACGGCUUCAACCUCGAAACCACCCUCAAGGGCCACCAGAGGUGGGUGUGGGACUGCGCCUUCAGCGCAGACAGCGCGUACCUAGUCACCGCGUGCUCCGACCACUAUGUCCGUCUAUGGGACUUGAGCAGCAACGAGACCGUGAGGCAGUACAACGGCCACAACAAAGGCGUCAUCUGCGUUGCGCUGAACGACGUCUAA